AUGGCGGCUUCUUUCGCGCUCCCGGUGACCCAGGACCUGUUCACGUUGCGUGCCAAGUUGCAGGAGCUGCUGCAGUUCCUGAGGAAAGCCCUCUCCAUUUCCAAUGCACAUACGGUGGACUUCUACACGGAGUCGGUGUGGGACCAACUGGUCGACUUGCCCCCGGAGACCGUGCUGGGUGUACUGAGAAAGUCAGUGGCGGAGGCGGAGGCCCGACCGUCGGAGGCGCGCCUCCUGGUGGAAGCCGAGAAGCGAUCAGGUAUUACUAAUUUUCCCAAAAUAUUUUGUGAAACUUCCCAGAAGCUGGUGAGUGUGGAAGCCUUUGUUCUGGCAGUGAGAUAUUAUUCUGUACAAAACUUGGAAAUAUGUACUCCUUUUGAACAGUUGCUUACAGUCCUUCGAGGAAAUAAAAAACAGAGAACUGAUGAAAAUGUGAAACCAGACGAAUUUAUGAAUUUGAAAAAAUCUCAUGAAGUUCAGGCUAUGUCAGAGCUUAUCAGCAGUAUUGCUGAUUACUAUGGAAUAAAGCAGGUAAUUGACCUGGGUUCUGGAAAAGGCUACCUAAGCUCUUUUUUGUCCUUGAAGUAUGGCUUAAAAGUUUAUGGAAUUGAUUCAUCAAAUACCAAUACUCAUGGAGCUGAGGAGAGAAACAGGAAAUUGAAGAAACAUUGGAAAGUCUAUCAUACUCGAUCAAAAUUAGAUGCCAAUGGACUGGCAUUUAAAAUGGCAAAAGAAAGGAAAGUGCAAGAUGAAAUUAAGUAUAAAGUAGAUAUUGAGGGAAUAUGUAACAACAGUCCUGAAAAUCAAGAAAAGAUGUCUACCUCAGAUUUUUUGCCAGAUUUUUCAGAUUCUGUAAUUUCUAACAUUAGAACACAAAUGGAAAACCUACAUAUGUAUUCACAUCAAGAAGAAAACUUGUGUUUUGAAAAUGCCUUUUCCUUUAUAGACCUUUUGCCUAUUAAUGCUGUAGAACCUGCUUCAUUCCAAACAGCUAAGAGAAAAAUGUCUGAAGCAAAUGAAGAGAGAAGAAAACUGUCAUCAAAGUCAAAUGAAUCAAAUAUCUAUUCUCCUUUAACAUCUUUUAUCACUGCCGAUUCAGAACUACAUGAUAUUAUCAAAGAUUUGGAGGAUUGUUUGAUGGUAGGUCUACAUACUUGCGGUGAUCUUGCUCCAAAUACCCUGCGAAUAUUUACUUCCAAGUCUGAAAUCAAGGGAGUUUGCAGUGUGGGUUGUUGCUACCAUCUCUUAUCUGAAGAGUUUGAAAACCCACAUAAAGAAAGUACCCAAGAAAAGUGGGGAUUUCCAAUGUGCCAAUAUUUGAAGGAAGAGAGAUGGUGCUGUGGUCGUAAUGCCAGAAUGUCAGCAUGUUUGGCAUUGGAACGAGUUGCAGUUGGCCAAGGGCUGCCUACUGAAUCACUCUUCUAUCGAGCUGUCCUUCAGGAUAUUAUUAAAGAAUGUUAUGGCAUCACCAAAUGUGAUCGGCAUGUUGGUAAAAUUUAUUCCAAAUCCUCUUCCUUUCUGGACUAUGUCAGAAAGUCUCUAAAGAAGCUUGGAUUAGAGGAGUUCAAGCUGCCAGAAAAAGUUAUAAUGGACUACUACGAGAAGUAUAAGCCUAGAAUGAACGAGCUGGAAGCUUUUAAUAUGUUGAAAGUUGUUCUGGCUCCUUGUAUAGAGACAUUGAUUCUUCUAGAUCGACUUUGCUACCUGAAAGAACAGGAAGAUAUUGCAUGGGCUGCACUUGUGAAGUUGUUUGAUCCUGUGAAAUCUCCCAGAUGUUAUGCUAUAAUUGCCCUGAAGAAGCAGCAAUGAUUUCAGUUGAAGCAAGUUUCCUCUUGAGAAAAGCAAGAUAUUGGUGGAUGCGUAACCCUGUAGACCUCAAGCAAUUGACGAUUUCUUCCUGCCUCUAAAUGGCAGUGAAUACGUUCAGAACAUGCUGUGGAGAAAAGGAAGGAAAUGAAUACACUGAUCCUCCAUGGGGAAAAAACUAGCCUUUCCUUUGAGAGAAAAGAAUAAUGCCAGGUGUCCUCAUAUGUAUCAAUUCCUGUGGGAAGCAUUUGCUGAUAUUCUGCCCACACCUCCACCACCACCCACGUGAAGGGCCCAGGAGCAAAUCUUUCUGGUGAUUCAGGUUUAAGUUGUUCUUUUCUGGUGACAAAUGAAGUGCACCAAGAAGCUAGAUUUGACAUUCCCUUCGUGGCUUCUUAGAACAAUGCAUGUUGGAGUAAAGCCAAGAAUAGUGGAGUAUGAAAACAAAUUUAAAAAAAAAGUGACUGAACCCAUCAAGAAAUGAUGCCACUUUUGAAUCACUAACUGCAGCUCGGCUCUUCUAUUACCUUUGCACAAUUUCCAGCACAGAGCUGCUCCUGUUAUUCUUUAAUGCAACUCUGUGUAUGAAUUAAAGAUUCUGGCUCCCUCAAGGCAAAUAUCCUGAAUUCAUCUUUACUGAGAGAGAGAAAAAAUGUUAAACCUACUAAUCCAGAAGAUUGAAGUCCCACACAGGAAUCAGUUCUUAAUGUCAUCUGGGGUGGAGUCAUACUGACAACUGGUAUACAUUUUCCUCGUGGAGCAUGAGAUGUCUUCAGAGCACCCAGUGGUCGAUCUAUAGAUGAGCCCUACCCGCCCCCCCCCCCCGCCCCGGGCUGUUUCCAUCUGAGAUUCCUUUGGUCUCCAGGAAGGAGCCUCACCCUCUUCACUCACACAGUACCAUCACCGCUGAACCCAAGGUUGCUCCUCUGAUGGUUUCCAUUUGCUGGACACUUUCACACAGGAAUUGGUCCCUGUACAGCGGUGGAAAGGGGACACAGUUGGCUGCUGCAAUUCUAGCAGGUGGUGAGGUAGGAGUACUUGGUGCCUUGAAUCUAAUCCACUCUUUGUGUCAGUUGGAUCCGUGUGUCCUAAUCCUGAUUCUUGAGAUUUCAACCAUAUCAGAAUGUCAUUUGGCACAAGUUCAGACUCUUCUUGCAUUUCAGCUGUCCCACCGUUAUCAUCUAUCACUGAGACCCUACAUGUUUCCUUUUGAUUCCUCUAGCCCCAAAGAAAGCUAAAAGAUCUGCUGGGAUCUCUUUUCCCCAGUGGAAGUUCUCUGCCUCAGUCAAGAUUAAUUAUCAAACCCGAAGCAAAAUGAUGGCCAACAAUUGCCAGCCUGUUUCCUAACGUGGUUCUCCUUUCUCUGGAAUUUUUGUUUAUGCUAUUUCCUUACUCUAUGACAUCAUUAAAAUAUGUGUUUUGUAGUUUUUACCUUCUUUUGGUUUUGCAGUGAAUGUGUUGGCUUUGCCAUGACCUACUCUAUCCUGCCUGAAAGCAGACCUAUUAAAUAUAACGUGCUGACAUAGGUUUCAUCCACCUCAUUAAUGCCUCUGUUCUACACAGCGAAAGAGAAACCCAUCACAAUGUAGUCUUUUUGGUGAAGGGACAGAAAUGAGUAUAAAGUUGUGGUUUAUAGAAUUCGGAAACAAAGUAUAAUCAAUUUCAUUAGUAUAUAUUUGAAGAUAUCACAAAAAGACACAAAACGUUUAAAAAAAUCAAAAGCACACAAAUAAAAGCAAAAGUUGAAAGUUGUCCAGUUAUGAUGACCUAUCUUUUUUAACACAGUGACAAAUUCCUUAAGUUUAAAUAUGUUUAUUAUUUACUAAUUUAUUUUAUUAAUAUUCAUUUUAUGAAUAAGAUGUUUAGGAACUCACUUUCCACCCUCAUUUAUAUCCUUUUAAACUUGGAGCAGCAGGACUCAAAGGAAAAGAUUGACAUGUGUUAACUAUUUUCACACAUCUCCCACCUAUCCACUUCACAUACACACAUCACCCACACAUGCAUAACGAAUGGCACUUAGCUGCAUGUGAACUUUUUCAGCCUACCGUAUUCUGUUGGAUGCUUUAAGAGCACAGAUCAAUACACCGAUUGUUCUGUGAUUUUUUAAAUGACCUUUUUAUUUUGGAAUAAUUUUAGAUUUACAAAAAAGUUCCAAAAAUAGAAUUCCCAUAUACCUAUCACCCAGUUUCCUCUAAUGUUAACAUCUUACAGUCCCACGGUGCAUUUGUCAAAACCAAGAAGCCAACAUUGGUACAUUACUAUUAACUGCAGGCUUUAUGCAUAUUUCAACAGUUUUCCACGAAUGUCUUCUUUCUGUUGUAUGAUCUAGCCAGGAUACCGCAUUGUAUUUAGGGUUUUGUGAUUUAGUUUUAAUUGAUGUUUUAUAAAGUUCCACAUUUAAGAAUUCAGUGUCCUGCUUGUCCUUCUAAAUAAUUAUUUAAUUUUCAUUUGAGAAUUGUUUUUCAGUGCCAAAGUGCCAUAUUUUUCACACUCCAAACUCCUAGGCAGGCCUCUGAAGACAACUUGUCCUUUAUUUAUGACACUAUAUAUUAAACCAACUGAAAAUAUUCAAAAUAAUGCUCACUUUGUUCAGAGUCCAUGAACUCCAACCAGAACACAUAAAAGUCAAAUUUGAGCAAUAAAUUUUGAUUGAUUUUGAAAUUCCAUUUAAGGCCCUAUUUUCUGAAUAGAUUCUCUUGGAAAAUAUUUUAAAAUAUUGUUUUAUAAAAAACUGUUUCCUAUAGGAUCUGAAAGUUCUUUAGGUAGAUUUUUAGUAAAAUGUCUGAACAAUUUAAAUACUAUUUCAGAUUGUCAGAAUGACGAAUGUUUUUAAUUAUUUUAUUACAGUGAUUUAUCACUCAAGUUUCAGUAUUCUGAACAUUAUUAUUUUUCACUUCAGCUAAAAUACUGGCAUUUUUCUGUUUGUUCUUUUCCUCAUUGUGUACUCUGAAGCACUUUCAAAUUUAAAAAAAGGUCUUUUAUUUAGGGGCCAUUAGUGAAUGUGCAUAAGCCAUUAUAUUCAGUGAAAUAAGCAUUGUGUGAUUGAAGAUUAAAUAAGGGAACAGAUUAUGGUUCCAUUAAGGGCAUCAAGAUAUUCCUGGAAAAGCUAUGAAAAUACGCUUUUCCAUUAAGGAAAAACACUUAUCAAUGGUGCCGGUCUGGGUAGAGCUUGCCUACUAUAAUAUAAAGCAGACAUUUCUUAUAACAUGCAUGAGGAGGCAUUAAGCUUGAACAUAGUGUAACUGUCUGCCAGGUAGGACUUCAGUUUCUGAAAGUUAAAUUUGUAACUCCUAUCAGCUACAGAUGACUGCGAAGCUUGAUGCCAGUUCAAGGAUACAGCCAUGAUUCUCAUUAAAGGUCUGGACCCAGAGAUCCAUUUGGAAAAGUUUCGAAUUAAGAUGAUUUAGCCUAAAGAGAAAAUUGCUUAAGUAUGGGUCGCACAUUUGUGGUUUGAAGUCUUACUUUGGCCCGGACAGUGGGUUUUAUUUGUUUGUUUUUAAUAUUUGAGUUAAUUGUUGAACUUUUAAGCGUUGGGGAAUUACAUUAUUAAGAAUUGGAAUUGCCUCAUUUCUACAUGUCAAUAAUAAGCUAGAGUUGAGAAGCGGGCCCUUUUUCAAUGGGGCAUGCCCUCUCUGGCUGAACGCAGUCCCCACCACACAUGGUGGUUUCCUUGCCCUGCACCUCCCGUUACCAUCACAGCUUACGAUGAAGAUUUCCUGUGAUAAAAAGGCUCUGUUUCCACGAUGUUAUUCAGAGUAGAAAAAGGAACUGAGUUUGAGAAGGCAGUGUUCUCCUUUCAGUGAUGUUUCUAAUUGGCCCUGAGGAUAUUAGACCUCAUGACCCUGAGGUAGCAGAAUAUUCCUCUGAGGAUAGUAUCCACUCCCCUGACUUUCCAAAUUGCAAUUAAGAUUGGAGUUCAAACAUAGUGACUUUUACCUUUAAAUUUCUUUUACCUUAUCUCUUGCAGUGAUAGCUUAGUGUUUUUAAGCCCAGCUAGACUACUACAGCUAGACUGCGUCGGUUCAAAUCCCCACUCUGCUACUUAUAAUUAUGUGUCCUCAGUCAAGUUAGUUAACUCUCUAGGCCUCAGUUUCCUCAACUCAUGCUCUCUCUGGCUGAACGCAGUCCCCACCACACAUGGUGGUUUCCUUGCCCUGCACCUCCCGUUACCAUCACAGCUUACGAUGAAGAUUUCCUGUGAUAAAAAGGCUCUGUUUCCACGAUGUUAUUCAGAGUAGAAAAAGGAACUGAGUUUGAGAAGGCAGUGUUCUCCUUUCAGUGAUGUUUCUAAUUGGCCCUGAGGAUAUUAGACCUCAUGACCCUGAGGUAGCAGAAUAUUCCUCUGAGGAUAGUAUCCACUCCCCUGACUUUCCAAAUUGCAAUUAAGAUUGGAGUUCAAACAUAGUGACUUUUACCUUUAAAUUUCUUUUACCUUAUCUCUUGCAGUGAUAGCUUAGUGUUUUUAAGCCCAGCUAGACUACUACAGCUAGACUGCGUCGGUUUCAAAUCCCCACUCUGCUACUUAUAAUUAUGUGUCCUCAGUCAAGUUAGUUAACUCUCUAGGCCUCAGUUUCCUCAACUGUAAAAGGUAAAUAAAGAUAGGUCCUGCCCAUAGAGUUGUGAUGAUUCCAUGAGUCGAUGUAUGGGAAACACUGAACACAGGGCCUGGUACGUAUAAUGUGCCACAAGAGUGUUAGCUAUUGUGGUUGUUUUCCAUUUUCUGAUUGUGCUAAUGUAUAAUUUAUUUUAUGUUGGUCACAUAACCUCCUAAUUUCUAAGUGGCUGAUGAAAAGAGACUCAUCAUGGCGUCUGGCCUUCACACACAGUUUGUGCCUCCGGUGUGUCUGCACCAGCUCCAGGGUAUUUGCAUAUUAAAGGAGGUAAAUAACUACAGUGAAUAGAAUACAUUCAGAAAUGGCAGGGACCUUAGAGAUCAUCUAGUCCAGGAGCUGGCAUAACUUUCUCUGUAAGGGAACAGAUUGUAAAUAUUUUGGCUAUUGCCAUAUGGUUUCUGUGGCAAUUCUGUGACUCCGCUAUUGCAUGAACCAAAGCAGCCAUAGAUGAUAUGGAAUGAAUGGGUGUGGCUAUAUUCCAAUAACACUUUUUUUUAUAGAUGCUGAAAUUUGGAUUGUAUAUAAUUUUUACAUAUCAUGAAAUAUUAUACUUCUUUUGAUUUUUUUUCAACCAUUUAAAAAUGUGAAAAACUUUCUUAGCUCACAGGCCAUAAAAAACAGGUGGACAGCUGAACUUGGCUGACCUCUGGUCCAAAGCUUGCAAAACCCAGUGCUUUCACCUGGGAAUUCUACUUGGGGAUUUUUUGUUGAAAAGUAAAGCUACCUGAGCCCGACUCCAAACCCACUAAUUAAAAAUCUCUGGGUGGUGGGCAAUGGAAUCUUUGUUGUGAACAUGCUCAAGGAACCACACUUUGACAAACAACCCAAGGCCUUCACAUAAGUAUGGAGACUUCACGGCCUUCUUCAGAGAUCUAGAAAUAAUUUAUAAAGGUUGAGUAUUACAAGUACCACACUGCAGAAGUGAAUGGGAUCACUUGUGCCCUGAAUUAUUUAAAUUUAUUCUUUAUACUCUUUUAUCUUUAUUAUCAAUGUCUUCUGUCAGCAAAUGUCAUUUUCUUUUACUAUGUUAUAAGGAUGUGGUAGCACCUUGAAAUUACCCUAAAAUAACUGCAAAUUGGAGAAAUCUCAUUUCACGUUUUGUCAACAUAAGAACAUGUGCAUAUUUUUUGGGGCGCCUGGGUAGCGCAGUUGUUAAGCGUCUGCCUUCGGCUCAGGGUGGGAUCCCAGCGUUCCGGGAUCAA